GUUGCCGUGUCCCGUGACCAGCUCACGUGAAUUUUGACAAAUUCAAACGUUUUUGGUAGACAAAAAAUGGAUAUAUUGGAGCAGCACCUCAAACAACAGGAUGUCAGGUAGUGUUUAUGUUAAAUAUCGACUGGCUGAUAAUGCGAACACCUAUCCCUCCUGUUUCGCUCGAGGUCUCCCCAAGGUCAACACGUAGUGCACAGUGCGCACUUACAAGACUUAGGACAACGGUCGUGGAACACAGUUAACGUGAAGGAUGGCAACAGCACGGGGAUUGUUAUCGAGGAAGCGGAAAUCGUCGAAUGCGAAGGGGAACCUGUUGGAGAAGGUGGGAUGCGUUACCAAGAAGCUCUUGCGUAUAGAGUGGUUCAAGUAAAUGGCACUACUGCUGGCAGUGAAAUAGAACUGCCAGUAACUCAGUCAGGAUCCAAUACUGUACAGGUCCUAACAUCCCCCUUAAAUGGCCAGUUUUAUGUUAUUGGAAAUGCUAACGAUGUUUUCACCACCGCACAAACUUCUAGAUCAUUGAUUCCUAGGACUACUACUCUACAGAUAGAAACACCAAGAAAUUGUACUACUGUUUUGAAAAAAAGAGAUGACAGAAGGAGAGCUACACAUAACGAAGUUGAACGCAGACGAAGAGACAAAAUAAACAAUUGGAUUGCAAAAUUAGGAAAAAUAAUUCCUGAGUGCAAUACGGGUGUGAAUAGCAGUGGCAGUGGUGAAGGAAAAGCAAACUAUGAGACGCAGAGUAAAGGUGGAAUUUUAUCGAAAGCCUGUGAAUAUAUAACAGAAUUACGAACGGCCAACCAAGGAUUAGGUCAAUGUUUGCGAGACAAUGAGAAACUGCGGCAAGAAAUAACAGCGUUGAAGCAACUUGUAACACAAUUGAAACGCGAGAAUCUUCAACUUAGAUCACAAAUCUCAACGGGUACUACGGGAACGAGCUCCGACGUUCACUUGAAUCCCUAAGACUUUAUUAGUCGAACACAAUGCUUAAGCCUGUAAAUAUUAGGAUAUGACCUGAUUUAGUAGUUACAAGAAGUAUUUACAAUUGGAAUUUAUGUUUCACGGGGGUCAUGCAUCAAUUUUGUUAUAUUGGGAUUACAUUUGUCGAAGUAAAUCACACGGUCCUAAUGGUACGGUCAUCUGUGCACUGUACACCUCUGUUCUUUGACUUUGUGAACGUCUCUCCUGCAUUCCGAAGACUUAAGAAAACUGGUGUUCAGAUCUGUGGUGCAUACAAAUAGUAGUACAGAAUCUUGUACUGUAACGCCACUUAGAGCAGGAACGUAAUUAACGGAAACAAUGCACAGAAGCGUAAAUUUUCAUGAUGUUGUCAACUCCUUUGAUAAGAUGACAAAGAGACGAUUACCGAAAUUUCUCAUCGCUGUUCAAUGCUUGCUAAAUUCACAAAGUAUUCUAAGAACCGUUACGAUCUAGAUGAUAUAUACAUAUACUACUAAUCGACCGGUGUUAAUUGAAGUUGCGAUUAUUCCACGUAGGACCUAGAGGAAAGAAUUAUUUCUGUGUACGCUAUGUGUAUUGGAUCGAAUUACCUCGUGUACGUUGGACGACCCAGGGCUGUGAACAUUGAACACUGAUUUGGAACUUUGAAAAAGAAAAUGUUAGAUGUCGUAGUCAGAGUUGAUUUAAAUGAAGGUGACUAAAUUCUGUUGCGGCAUUAACAAGAAAAUCGCGAUGCAAAAUGUCACGACUGAAAUCAUUACAGAAAUCGUUAAAUAUUUUUUAUUUUUAAUACUGUUUUCACGAGUGUAGAGUAGAUACUUCAUAAAACAUGAUGUAGGAACGGAACAUGUAAAAUAGAUUAAUCGUACACGUAUAAAUCUGUAUGUAUGUAUAUUUACAUAUGUAAUGUACAUAUACACGUAUACAUGUGUGUACAUAUGCAUCUGCGUAUGCAUGUAGCAAUAAACAUAUUUUUUUCAAUACGAGAAAAUUUCGAACGCUAAGCGUUGGAACAAGCGAGUUAAGUAAAAUACUGAUUUGUAAUAUAUCGUUGAUGUAAAUACCGCGAAGGUUAUUGUUAUUAUAAUAAUAUUAUUAUUAAAACAAAAUUUAUCGAAAUA